GCAGACCGGACUCACCCAUGCAUGCUCCCAUGACAUGGGUGUAGUCAGUAGAUAAGAGUGAGAGUAUAUACGUUAGUCAUCUGUAGACAACUAUCUAGAAACCCCUCCACACACUCAUUUUCACGCCCGUGUAUGUUCCUCCAUCGCCACACACAGUCAGAACAUGAUGUCUCAGUACAUUACACCGACAUGAGCAAAGGGAGGGGCUGCUGCAGAAAUACACCGAUAGAAUGAAUGCAAAGAGCCAAAAGAACACUUCCUGUUGAUGCAAAAAAAAAAAAAAAAAAAAAAAAAAAAAAAAAAUUGCAGCAGCAACUGUCUGACACAUCUGGACUGGAGAGGGGGGGAGGCCUGGCUGUAGAGAGAGAGACCUGCUGAGGGGAAUGGACAACGUUUAAUGUUACCCUGCAAGACCGCAGCCAGCAAACUGGAGAAACAUAUCCAAGAAAUGGACGACGGCAGCUACAUCGAGUUCGAUGUGCCGGAGUUCAGUAACACUGUUCUGACCCAGCUCAAUGAGCUGCGGCUGCAAGGGAAGCUGUGUGACAUCAUUGUUCACAUUCAGGGCCAGCCAUUUCGAGCCCACAAGGCUGUGCUGGCAGCAAGUUCACCCUACUUUCGUGACCACUCAGCUCUCAGCACCAUGAGUGGCCUUUCCAUUUCGGUCAUCAAAAGCCCCGAGGUUUUUGAGCAGCUCCUUUCGUUUUGCUACACAGGUCACAUGUCUCUGCAGCUCAAGGAUAUUAUCAGUUUCCUCACUGCUGCCAGCUUUCUGCAGAUGCAGGCCAUCAUCGAUAAGUGUACCCAAAUCCUGGAGAGCAUCCACUCCAAGAUUAGCCUCCCGGUUGGUGUCUGUAGUUCAGAGAAGGAUGACUCGCAGACCAGCGGUAAUGGGGUCAAUGACAGCAACCUCUUUGUAAACCCUACCCAGAUCUCCCCCCCUUACUACUCCCGGCAGAAUCAGUCAGGACACGAAGUGCGCUUUGAGCUGGCAAGUAAAAGUCUCGGCCGUGGGCGACAGCAGCAAGAGGAAGGCCAGUCGGACCGAGGCAGCAGUGAUAGUGUGUCAGAGCACGACGCUCCCAUGGAGGCAGAGACGGAGCAAGUGGAACUGAUCGGCAAAGAUGGCCAAGUAACAGAUGUGCAUGUGAAGAUAGAGAAGACCGACAGGCCCACUUACUCAGAUAGCUCCUCAGCCGGUGAUGAUGGCUACCACACAGAGUUGGUAGAUGGAGAACAGGUACUGGCUGUCAGCGUGGGUUCCUAUGGUCCCGUCAUCCAGUCUGCGGCCUAUUCUUACUCAGGGCUGUCCUCCCCGUGCUUUGUCAACCUUAGCAACUCCAGUCCCUCCCACUCCAUACUCAGUGGCUACAGAGGUGGACGAGCCAGGGCAAAGCGCCCCCUGGCCAUCCCGGCAGGAGUGCUGAGUCAUAUCAAACCAGGCUCAGAUGACAGCGAAUCAGCUGCGGGAGCCACCGGGUUGGAGAAUGAUGUGCGAGAGCGUAGCCUGCGGAGCCAGUGGUACCCUUACAAUGAGAGACUCAUUUGCAUCUACUGUGGAAAGACCUUCAACCAGAAGGGGAGCCUGGAUCGCCACAUGCGCCUGCACAUGGGAAUCACCCCAUUUGUUUGUAAAUUCUGCGGCAAGAAGUAUACAAGGAAAGACCAGCUGGAGUACCACAUCCGUGGCCACACAGACAACAAGCCCUUCCACUGUCAGAUCUGUGGCAAAUGCUUCCCAUUUCAGGGCACCCUUAACCAGCACCUGAGGAAGAAGCACAUGGGAGCGUCAGACGGGAGCAAUCAUAUAGACUCUCCAGAGACGACGGAGGGAAGCUCAGGUCCGAAGGACCAGGAGGAUACGACCGAGGUGAUGGCCUUUGAGGCGCAAUAUGCAGAAGAGGCACCAGCCAAUGAUAUGGAGGAGAGUUCCAAAUGCAGUCCAGAGGAGGCUCAAGCAUCAAGAUGUGAUUAUUAGCUCCUGCUUCAGGUUAAGGAAGCUUUAAGAAAUGUUUAUCUUAACUCAACUUAAAGGACUUUUUUUUCUUUUCUUUUUUUUUUUGAAUCAGCUCCCUCUACUAUAGACAUUUCUUGUGUCAAGGGUUCCUGUCAAUUUUGUGAAAGCUAGAUGUUGAAUGCAGAGAGCAAAUGGGUGCUUUAUAGAAAUUUGAUUCUUUCAAGCAAAGGGAGUAACAACUUACUAUUUUUGAGGAGGUCCCAAUAAUCAAGACCCCCUAAUUGAUUUCUCUUUUUAUCUUUCCAUGUUUUUUAAAACAUAUUUACAGAGUUAUAUAGGCAUGUUGCAAUAAUUGAUAAUGUGAAAGCUCUGGUAAGAUGCUUGUCAUAUCACCUUUUUACCUGACCUGUUUUGCACAUGUGGCCACAGGAGGUCACUUACUCACAAGGAAUGAUUUUUCUGCCAGUGCAAAGCUUCGUGUGACAUAUCCGUUCAAUACCUCAUGAUGCAACUACAUACUCAUAACAGACAGUAUUUUAACUUAAAUGAAACUCACCAGGUUCUACCUCAUAGCCAAGAACCUACUAGGCACAGAUGUGUUCAUCGUUUGAAAUCCGUUUUCGGUUGUGUGUGCAUUAUCUUAUUGCCAAACCCUGUAAAGAAUAUUCUCUCAACACAAAGCCUUGAUACUUAGGGGAAAUAUUCCUUGCUGAUUGUAUGGAACAGGGACAUAGUCCUUGUCAAAUGUUUUAUGGUCAGCCAGGAUUAAGAAGGUGCUAUGUUUGGAGUACAUACAAUUAGCUAGCUUUCUUGUGUUUUGUUUUUGGCAAAUGCAGACAACAGAGUAAGAAAAUGGCCCUGCAUAUUUUCAAGAUAUAUGAUUUAGCCGUCUUAUAAAAAAAAAAAAAAAAAAAAAUGUCUACAUAACACUCAAUUUUGUCUCUUAUCACUACUGGAGAUCUCUCUCUGUUGGCCAAAGUGUGGUUCUAGAUACUGUCAUUCAUGUAAUGGGUGAAUUACGUCCAACCGUGAAGUCAUUUGUAUGCCUUUAUACUCUGAUGGCAGACUUAUACUGAAUUAUUGUAUGUGUAAAUUGUUCAAUCCUGAGGAAGGCUUUUAGGUUAAUACUCAGCGUCUGUCGGAGACAGGAGUACUCUUUGUCAACUCAGCACAAUAAGGACAGCUCUGUAUCUGUCCACAUAAAUCAAUAUAGUAUACUAGUCUGAAUAAUAUGCAAAUAGAAAGAACAAAGGAAUCUCAGCCAUUCUGACAUGGUUUUUUCUUCCAUUAUUUGAAAGAGCUAUUGGUUUGUCUCCUUUUUUCCUUCUGUCCCACCUUUUAUGACGGGACUAUUGAUCUGUGAUCUUUGUUCUCUGCAUCGGUUGGGGUCAAAUGCAGACUUGGAACAAGUUAUCCUCAUUAGUCGCUCCUACUUCAUGAUGACGACAUAGAGGUGGCAAAGCUAGAGUAAGGCUAAUAAGUAAAUUAUGUUAGAGGUAGCUGGUGAUCCAAAGUAUUGAUGCACUUUGCAGAGUUUAGUGGGGUGCUAAUUUCUGUCUUAAUACCAAUGCAGUAGUGUCAGGGUAGUACUAGCAUCACAGCAUCUUUCUUCUGAGUGAAAAUGUUGUGAACUUUGUAUAGACUCUGCAAUCACAUGAAUACUAUUGGCUUCAAGUCAUGCAUAUGGGAACGCAUUUAUCUAUACUGUUUGAACCAUGGGGAUCAGGGACGGGGUGUUGUUAGUAUAUAGAGACUUGGGUUUAAUUCCAAUGUGAUUUAAAGGAAUCUGCUUUCACAGUAAAUACAUAAGAGGCACUUAAAAGGCCUGAAUGGUUAUCUUGUAAUAUUUAGGACAUUUAAAGCUCAGCUGGGUGGUACUCUUUAUGCUAUCCUGCUUUCUUAUCUGCCAUCCAGCUGUUUAAUACCUUGUUUUGAAGAGCACCUGCUAUAUGCUUGUAUUUUGUCCCAACUGGUCCAGGCUGAAUUCGUUUCAAUGAAUUGGGUUUUAUUAUUUUAAAGUUUCCAUAUCAUUUUCUACUUUGUGUGCGUUUGGUAGGUGAAUAUUACGUUUCGUUGCUUAUGUCGAUUGUCAGGAGUGCAGUCCCCUUUUAUCCACUGAAUGUGCGGUCAUUGUCUUCACUCAUUGUCAGGCAAGAAAGCAAACCAAAAUGUAGGGAAAUUUCGCAAAAAUCGGUAUAGCUAGCUUGUCUUUAUCUUUGUAUGUAAGGAUUUAUCCCACAAACACUUUUGGUCUUCACACCCACAGUCUGUCAACCUGUACAGUACCUUUUCAGAUGAAUGUUUCCUACGUUGUUUUUUUUUUUUUGUUUCUUUUUCUGUCGGCCGCUGAUGUUGUGAGCAGAUUUGGCAGCUGAUCUGACUCACCGAAAUCAGUAGCCGACUAAUUUGAUUAUGCCUAUGAUGAUUUUGCCCUUCACCUAGAAAAAGAGGAGAAAAUGCAUCCCUUCUUGUCAGAAAUGUUUUGUGAGAAAUGGGUACAAACUGCUAAAACAACUUUGUGCCAAGAGUUCACACCAAAGACUAAUAGGUGAUUUGUAACCGUACAUUUUGACUGUAUAGCAUAAUUGAAUGCUCAUUUGGAAGACUAGGUUCUUAAUUUAAUGUAGGACUAGUUCAAUGAUAUUUUUAAGGAAUGUACGUUUCCCAGCUUUAUAACAAUCACUUGUGUAAAAUUUGAACAAUUUGCUAAGAAGACGUUAAGUAGCGAAGUCAUAAAUAACAUAAUAUAUUAAGCCAUACAAAAGCUGAUGAUAUAAAAGGUGUGUGCAAUAGGUAUUGUAAUGUUUAAAGCCAAUGUAAACAAAAAAAGAGAAAAUACUUCACAAAAAGUGGCAUCUUGAACUUAGUGCCUUGCCACAAGCUUUACAUUUUAGAUUCUGGCACUUAGAUUCCUGUGCCUCUUUCAUUUUGUAAUGGAUUGAAUAGAGAGAUUAUAAUAGAAUAUGGCCACAUCUUUUAUUGUAAAAUGUUACUGAGAAUGAAUAGAAAUUAAUUAAUGUCAUUCUUGUCCAUUUUUUUUCUUUUUUCAUCAUGUGAUCUUUUUUUUAAUUAUUACUAUUAUUCUCACAGAAUGGAUUUUAAGGUUUAACUGAUUUUGUAGCAAUUGAUUACAAUCAAAUGAGGCAGACGUGUUCCCCAAAAGCCGUUGCCCCGUGUUCAGAGACUACACUGUAUCCCUCGUCUCCAACCACUGAGGACAAUCUUAACAAUGUACUGUAGUUUAAGGAAUUUCAAUGUAGGAAGGAGUUGCAUGAGAAACACAAAUCUACUUCCUCUCUGUUCUCUCGGAGCAUCUGGCAAGGGAACAGCUGCUUGGGUAUUUAGCAGAUAAGAAACUUAGUAUUUGUGGAGAAAAACAGAAGAAGCUUAGCCCCAUAUACUGUAGCUGAAUUGCACGUUGCUCAAUCACAAAAUUGUAUGAAAUUGCCAAUGGAUAAUUCUGUAACUUUACUUUUUUUUGUAUUUGUGUCAUCGAUUGUGCACUUAAAUUUUUUUUUUUUAAAUAGUAAAAACCAAUUCCAUCCGGGAAGUCUAGUUUAGUUUAUCUCUGUAGUUACCCUGAAGGGAUUCAGCUAUACCGGCCUCAAUCACUUUGGUAGGGACCCUUUCCCCUUAAAUGGUGCUUUUAGACUAGUCAUCUUCUUUUAAACCAGUCCAUAUAAUCAUCAUAGGUGAAUGGAGGGGAAAUGUUUAAAUGCUUUUCAUGAACUAUAGUUACUUAUGUGAAACACACCUACACAACCAACUGAACUUGACACACACUCAAAUCGACUUUGUCAACUCUUAGUUCCACACUUCUGAGAGGAACAGGAGAUGCAUUAUGGGCCACAAGUAAUCAAAAGGAAGUGUUUACAGGGAAGGCUGUCAGACUACUUUUUGAAAUUGCAGCUCGUCCUAUUCUUUUUAUAAUAAACUCACUUCAGGUAGUUUACAAACACUGAUACAGACUUAGAAUAAAAUCUUAAGUCUUCCAUAGCUUUUCUGUCAGUUUCUGUCCACUGUGUAUUAUAAGAAAAAGCAAUAACCUUUUUAAAGUGGUGUAUUGGGAUCAUCAAGCCUAUUGAAAUAUUGGCCUGUCAUAUAUCAAACAAACUGAAUGUCAGGGAGCUGUUGAAUGGAAAUAGGACCAGGACAAUUUGAUAUUGAUUUAUUUUUUAUAUAUUUUCUGAAACUUUGGACAGGUUGACUUUCCUCGUCAGAGAAAAAAAAAGUAAAUCUAAAUGGAAAAAAGCGCUGUUGCUUGCUGGUGUUCUAAACGCUCAUCAAAAUCCAGUGGUAGUCAGUAAACUGCAACACAAGAACUGAGCGUGUGGUUCAGUCAUCAAACUCCGUGGCACUGUUCAGAGUUGCACCUCCAGCUGUGUCAAAUAAUGAAAGGGAUUUUGGGCUGUAUAGCCACUGUUUGGGAGAGGGCUAUCUGUUGUCAUGUUCAGGUUCUGUGGUUUCCUUUGGCUCCGCGGGCACUGAGACUGUAGUUGUAGUUGUUCAGGUCAAGGGGGACGUUUUCAGUCAAGCUAUUGUUCCUUUUACAACUCCCUAAACUCUGCACUAUAAUGUCUCUGGCUCAUAUGUAUUUGGUUACAAGGCAAAAAAAAAAACUUAGAACUCAGGGUAUAUAGUGUUAAAAGUGGUCUCAUUGGACACACUGCUUAUGUCCAUAGUAUAAUUGUGCACUUCUCUUCAGGUGGGGAAACAAUUCCUCAGUCAGUGGUUCCCAAACAAUCUGCCUCAAGGUCUCAAGGAGCCCAUACUUUGACAGAGCUGAAGCUUGAGGAGCGCUGGAGACCACGAACUGAACCAUGACAGCAGAAAUGCCCCAACUCCUGUUUUGUCCACUCUACACACAACCUCACAACCCAACUGUGAACCUCAGAACUCUACUGUUUUGUACAUCUAUGAAGUAAAUGAAGCUAGCUAGAGCUGAUUUGUUGUAUCUAUUGCCAUUUAUGAAUUUAUUUUAUAGCAUGAAAUAAAAUAUAUUUAUUCAAAUUAUAUAUUUUACUCAUAAUCAUUCUGUGCUGCUUUGUUUUGGUUCUUAAGCUUGUAAAUUGCUUUUUUAUUAUAUAAAAAAUGUCAAUAGAAUA